AUGAUUAUGGCAGCGGAGGAGCCAUUUGCCAAAUCCAAGACCGGGAUCAAAGUGAUCAUUGUCGGAGCAGGCACGCAGAUCCAAACGCAGGCUGCAGGAUUCGGAGGCCUCACAGCAGCUAUAGAAUGUCACCGACAAGGCCACGAUGUGGAGAUCUAUGAGUCUUUCCCGAUCCUGAAACCGCUCGGAGACAUCAUAUCGUUUGGAGCCAACGCCGGGCGGAUAUUUCGACGUUGGGGAACGGACGGUUCGAUAGCAAAGACGAUGAGAUCACUCAGCAUCGACCUGGUGAAACAUGGCUUCAGGAUCCACAAGUAUACGGGCGAACACAUCAUUACCCAGCCCACGCCUCCGCAGGAUCCGGAUGCCCCAGUGUUCAACGGCCAUCGUGGAGAAUUGCACGAAGUGGUCUUCAAUUAUGCCAAGGAUGACCUCAAGAUACCCAUCCAUCUCGGGCAGAGAGUCGAAAAGUAUAUCGAAGAAGAGGACAGGGCGGGUAUCGAGCUCACCACGGGCGAAAAGGUCUACGGCGACGUGGUCAUCGGAUCCGAUGGCGUAAGAUCGAAAGCACGCGAACUGGUCCUGGGGUAUGUCGACAAGCCGAAGAGCAGCGGAUAUGCAGUGUUCCGUGCCUGGUUUCCAAACACCGAUAUGAUCGCGGACCCCAGAACCAAGCAUUUCUGUGAUAAUGGAGAUACAUUCAAUGGGUGGAUUGGACAGGACGUGCAUUUUCUGUUUUCGACCAUCAAGAAUGGCAGCGACUGCUGUUGGGUGUUGACACACAAGGACGAGGCAGACAUCGACGAGUCGUGGUCGUUCCCAGGGAAGCUGGAGGAUGUGUAUAAAGUGUUCGAAGGCUGGGAUCCCUUAUGCAAGACCAUCGUUUCGAAGACGCCCGAAAGCCACCUCGUCGACUGGAAAUUGGUGUACAGAGAUCCACUGCCCACGUGGAUCAGCAAGGCAGGCCGCAUUGCUUUGCUGGGAGAUUCAGCACAUCCUUUCUUGCCGACAUCGGCUCAAGGGGCCACGCAAGCCAUGGAGGAUGGCGUGACAAUCGCAAUCUGCCUACGACGGGCAGGAAAGGAGGAUGUCCCAGAUGCUGUGCGGACCUACCAAAGAAUCAGAUACGACCGCGUCAAAGCUGUGCAAAAGACUGGAGAGACAACACGCGAUAUGUGGCACAAAGCCGACUGGGAGAAGGUCAAGAAGGACCCAGAAUCAGUGCAGUUCCCUCGCCAGGAUUGGAUCCACGGCUUUGAUGCCGAGAAGCACGCUGAGGAGGUGUUUGACCACGAAUUUGGGCAGGUCAAAGCUGCAGUCAAUGGUACACACCAAGCUGGAUCUGAGAGUGCUGUGACUGAGAAGAUCAGAGCCGAACCAGACGUUACGUGCGAGGCUGUAGCAGUUCCCGUGGACCACAAGGCUGAGCCAGUGGCCAGCUCGGCUUAG